GUGUAUUGUACAUGGAAGCACAGUCUUGCAUACUCUUCACAAAUCUUUUUUGAAUAACUACAUACAAUCUCCAGGCCUCGUUUGAUACUACAAACAGAAAGAGCUGAGAAAGCAGAUAUGGCGUCCUCCAGCAGUCUCCUGUUUGAAGAGCAGUUCCUGUGUUCUAUCUGUCUGGAUGUGUUCACUGAGCCUGUAGCCAUUCUAUGUGGACACAACUUCUGCAAGGCCUGUAUCAGAAAGUACUGGGAUACCACUGACCUGUGCCAGUGUCCAAUGUGUAAAAAAUCAUUUGAUAGGAGACCAGAUCUCUUUGUCAAUACUUUCAUUUCUGAGAUGGCUGCUCAGUUCAGGAAGUCAAUUCAAGUGAAAGCUACCAGCAGCUCAGACCAUUGCCCUACCGAGCCUGGAGAAGUGGCCUGUGACGUCUGCACUGGGACGAAGCACAAGGCCCUGAAGUCUUGCCUGGUGUGUCUGGCUUCUUACUGUGAGACUCACCUGGAGGCUCAUCAGAUAGCCCCAGCCCUGAAGAAACACAAGCUGAUCGAGCCUGUGGAGAACCUGGAAGACAGGAUGUGUAAAGAGCAUGACAAACUCCUGGAGCUGUUCUGUAGGACUGACCAGACAUGUGUUUGUAUCUUGUGUAUGAAAACAGACCACAAGACUCACUACACUGUCCCUCUAAAGGAAGAGUAUGGAAAGAAAAAAGCUCAGCUGGGGAAGACGGGGGCACAAGUGCAGCAGAUGAUCCAGAAGCAUCUGCAGAAGGUAAAGGACAUCAAACACUCAGUAGCGCUCAGCAAGAGAGACACAGAGAGAGAGAUAGCAGACAGCAUGCAGUUCUUCACUGCUCUGGUGCACUCCAUUGAGAGAAGCCAGGCUGAUUUCAUUGAGGUGGUUGAGGAGAAGCAGAAAGCAGCAGAGAGGAAGGCUGCAGGCCUUAUUAAAGAGCUGGAGCAGGAAAUUACCGAGCUACAGAGGAGAAACACUGAGCUGGAGCAGCUGUCAUACACUGAGGACCACCUCCACCUCCUCCAGAGCUCCCCAUCCCUCUGCAGCCUUCCUCCCACCAAGGACUGGUCUAAGAUCAGUGUUCACAGUGGUCAGGGUGUUGGGACUUUGAGGAGAGCAGUGUCUCAGCUGGAGGAGGCACUGUGGAGUGAAGUGAAGAAGUUGUGUGAUGCUGAGCUGAAAAGGAUUCAGCAGUAUUCAGUGGAUGUGACUCUGGAUGCUGAUACAGCAAACGUGCAUCUCAUCCUGUCUAAGGACAGGAAACAAGUAAGACAGUCAAACACACCAAACAAUCACCAUGACAACCCAAAUAGGUUUUCCACGUGUUCCAGUGUGCUGGGAAAUGAGGACUUCUCCUCAGGGAGAUUUUACUAUGAGGUACAAGUGAAAGGGGAUGGCUGGGAUUUAGGAGUGGCCGGAGAGUCCAGCAACAGGAAGGGAGACAUUAUUCUAAGCCCUCUUGAUUUAUACUGGGCUGUGGAGCUGAGGAAUGGGAAUGAGUAUAAAGCUAAUGAUGACUCUGUUGUCCAACUCUUCCUGAGAGAGAAGCCCCAGAAGGUGGGGGUGUUUGUGGAUUAUGAGGAGGGUCAGGUCUCCUUUUAUGAUGUGAAGAACAGGUCUCAUAUCUACUCUUUCACUGGCUGCACCUUCACUGAGAAACUCUAUCCAUACUUCAGUCCUUAUUUUUCCAAUCGUGGUAAAAACUCUGUCCCUCUGAUCAUAUGUCCUGUUGAAUACACAGACUGAGUUGCAACCUCCAAAUCUAAUCUAUCUGUUGUCACAAAGGACAACCAAUAUGUUUACCAAUACUGUCGAUGUGACAUUUUAUUUGUUUCCAACUUGUUGUGCAAACAAUGGCCUUAUACGUUGUACCAUAGACAUUUUAAAACAUGCUGGAGCAGCUCAGAUACUGAGGACCACCUCCACCUCCUCCAGAGCUCCCCAUCCCUCUGCAGCCUUCCUCCCACCAAGGACUGGUCUGAGAUCAGGGUUCACAGCAGUCUGGGUGUGGGGAACCUGCAGAGAGCUGUCUCUCAGCUGGAGGAGGCACUGUGGAGUGAAGUGAAGACGUUGUGUGAUGCUGAGCCGAAGAGGAUUCAGCAGUAUGCAGUGGAUGUGACUCUGGAUGCUGAUACUGCUCACUUCUGUCUCACACUGUCUAGAACAGGAAGGGGAGACAGGGAAACCCACUUAAUAGUCUCCCUGACAACCCAGAGAGGUUUGACCAAGCUGCCAGAAGAAUGGAAAUAAGUAUCACGCUAAUGAUGACUCUGUUGUCCUGAGAGAGAAACCCCAGAAGGUGCGGGUGUUUGUGGAUUAUGAGGAGGGUCAGGUCUCCUUUUAUGAUGUGGAUACCAGGUCUCAUAUCUACUCUUUCACUGGCUGCACCUUCAAUGAAAAACUCUAUUCAUUAUUUAGCCCUUGCAUUACUAGUGGUGGUAAAAAGUCUGCCCCUCUGAUCAUCUCUCCUGUCAAUCACACAGACUGAGUUUUAACCUUGAAUUCUAACUUGUGAAAUAAACCAAUCCUAUCUGUUGUCACAAGGAAAACCAAAAUGUUUACCAUUACUGUCGGUGUGACAAGUAUUUGUUUUCCCACCUUGUGCAAACACCAUUGUGAGACAUUAGAUAGGCAUUUUCAAACAUGAUAUGUUCACAUAACAAGUAGAAUAUAUCAUAUGUCUAGGCAGGCUGUGUAUUGCAACCUGCUGUGAAGAAUACUACAUAUGUGUUUAAGUAAUCUAAAAAGUUAUCAUCUAUCUGUCUACAGUGCAUUCGGAAAGUAUUCAGACCCCUUCACCUUUUUUACAUUGUGUUACGU